AUGAGAUCUUGUUGGUGGUCGGGUGAAAGUCGUGGUGUAUUGAGUUGUGCCACUGAGAACCCUUCUCGCAUGUCUCUUUUGUCAAUUUCAUGGGAAACAAAGGCAGUACGGAUUAAAGUAACUAACCACCAGAUAACCAAACCUACAAAGGCUAUCCUCGAUGCACUCAACUCGCUUGAAGAUUCGAAUGACGUCAUCUCGAGAGACAUUUUGUACGAGGUCCUAUCGAUACGUGCGCCAAUACGACAUUUCAUGCCAGAGCUAUCCCCCAAAGAUGCAGACCUAUUUCUGCAAAAGAUGGAACACUAUGGACUGCUCAAGGAGCUAAAUCUCCUCAUUGAAUCACCGCAGCGAACUGUUACGACCUGCAACAAUGAGAUCGACGUCCUACAACCAGAUAGCAGUCGUCGCAUGGCUCUAAUGAUCCCAUUUACAUUUCUUUCCCUAUGUCACGUUUCGAGAGAGUUGAGCCGACCAUGGUCAACCUUGUUCCUUUACAUCAUAAUCGACCACGCUGCCUACGAGAUCAUGGCAACCUUAGGAUGGAAAUCUCUCUGCUUUAUAUCUGGACUAACCAUUGGAGGGAUAUUGGCCCCAUUGCUGGAGAUAUUGCUCCCUCGUUGGCUUUUUGAGCAAAUGUUGCUGUGGAGUCGGAUCGCUCAGCUUGGUGCUUUCUUACACAUCGUUUGUAAGCCUUAUACAUGCCCGCAAAUGGGGUAUUCGAGAUAUUCGGUAGA